AUGGCGAGAAAAAGUGACAACGCAAAGAGCAUUAACGUCGCGGUUGUCGGGCUCUCCGGCACGGAGAAGGACAAGGGACAGGUCGGCGUCGGCAAGUCGUGUCUAUGUAAUCGCUUUAUGCGUUCCAUGAGUGAUGACUACAACGUCGAGCAUAUUUCCGUGUUGUCGCAGUCUGACUUCAGCGGACGUGUGGUGAACAAUGACCACUUCCUGUACUGGGGCGAGGUGAUGAAAACGGCGGAGGACGGGACGGAGUUUCAGUUUCAAGUCAUAGAGCACACGGAAUUUAUAGACGAUGCGUCGUUUCAGCCGUUCAAAGGCGGUAAAAUGGAACCAUAUGCGAAGAGAUGCGCCGCUACGAAGAUUACAAGCGCGGAGAAGCUCAUGUAUAUCUGUAAAAAUCAGCUGGGCAUAGAGAAAGAAUACGAACAGAAAGUUCUACCUGAUGGUAAAUUGAACAUUGACGGAUUUUUGUGCGUGUUUGACGUGAGUCUCGUGCCGAAUAGGGCAAUAGAGAAGCAGGUGGAGAUUGUGGCGAAUAUCUUGAACAAUUUGAUGAAGACGAAAAAGUCGAUAGUGCUGGUAACGACCAAAAACGAUGAUGCGAACGAACAGUUUGUCAAAGAGGCUGAAAAAUUGAUAAUGCGCAAAGAAUACAAGGGAUCGAUUUUGACCAUCGAAACCUCGGCGCACGAGAACAUCAACGUGGAUUUGGCGUUCAUGAUUCUGGCGCAGUUAAUUGACAAAACGAAAAUGCGUAGUAAAGUGGUACCAUUCGCGGAGGCAGCCAGAGCCAGGAAGGAACUUUUGGAUGCAUCGACGGAAUCGUUACAGAGAUUGAUCCGAAUACACGUAACCGAUUAUCGCGCCUUGUGGUCGCAGGCUUCGAAGAAACUCGCUCAACUCAAGGAAUUCUCCACUUUUGUAGAGUUAUUCGGUAUCGAAACGACGCAGAGAUUAUUCAGAAGGCAUAUUAAGAAGUUGAAAGAUGAACAGAUAGCGAAAAAAAUACAAGGCUACUUAGAUAUGUUACCAGAUAUACUUCAUGAAAUUUGUCCAGAUAUAUCGAAUUUAAUUAAUGAAGAAUGGUCGGUAGUACAACAAUACAUAAAGACGCAUCCUGAUUUUGAUCAAUAUUUCUAUGAAUGUCCCGAAGACAUACCGUGGAUUGAUUGUGAUUUUGGAGAAAACAACGGCACGAAAAUUCCAUAUGAUGUAUUGGAGACUCCUGAAGCAGAAACCGUAUUUAAAAAUCAUAUAAAUGCUUUACAGCAAGAGCAACGGCGACUGGAGUGGAAGAAACAAUUUAAACAAUUGUUGGAAGAAACUGGUUAUGUUACACCUGGAAAACACUUAUCUGAAGUUAGAGUUUUAUUUAUGGGUAGGGAAUGCUUUGAAGAGCUUUCUCAUCAUGAUUGCCAAGAAAUUUAUGAUCAGCAUCAAAAAGAAAUUAUUGAAAAAGCAAAGCACAAUUUUCAAGAAUUAUUGUUGGAACAUGCUGAUUUAUUUUAUCAUUUCAAGAGUAUAGCUCCUUCGGGAACUAUUACACAAGAUGAUAUAAAAGAAAUUACAGAUGCAUUAUUGGAUGAUUUUAGAUAUAAAGCGUUAGAUAGAUUAGAUCAAGAUAGAAAGUUAAUGUUGUUUCAACAUUUGGGAUUUGUACAUUGUCCUAUAAGGGAGCAUUGUCCUGCAUAUCCAAAUUGCAUGGACGCACUUAUAGAAAGAAUACUCGGAACGAAAGCACACAGACCUUCCUCAUGGAAUCACAGUAGUCAGUGGCAGUUAACGUCGGACAACAAUCAGUUAAAUUUAGUUAUACUUGGAAGUAACGGGCUAAGCGAAGAGUUUGCUCGCGAAAUAAGGGCACAAACAGAUGAUGAUGAAGUGGAAAUAGAUUGUCAACUCUACACCCUCGGAUAUCGUAUUAUAGACGGCGAUGUUGGACUGCCGCAUAAUUCUUUCACUACCUCCGAUUUUAUGCCACAUGGAUCCUUUUGUAUUUACUCGAAUGAAGAUUCAUUCGAAUACAUUCGAUCUUCUUUAGAGAAAACCUUGUUAUCAAAUCUAGAACAAGAGGACAGAUUACCAUUUCAAGGAUUACCCAUUGUAAUAAUGUUUAUACCAGAAGCUAGUAUUGAUGAAAUGGAGGCCAUGAAGCUCAGAGAAGAAGGACAAAAUCUCGCCGACAGUUUACAGUGUCCGUUUAUCGAUGUCUGCAUAGAUGAUCUGGAGCAGGAGAAGCAUAAAAGGUUUCCAACUUCAUUAGUAAAGGACGCUUUGCAACAACUUAUACAAUCCAUAAAUCACAGAGCUGGUUUUUUAAAUAUAUAUCAAAGCGUUAUUGAAUGUUUGGAGCCUGAUAUUAGAAUAAUAAUGUGUAUGUUCUGCGGCGAUCCUUAUUCAGUAGAAAAUGUUCUCGGCCCUUUACUCAAUCAUCAAUGCUGUUUUCUCAGUGGAGAUAGAUCUAUAGUUUUGGAAACGUUUUUGGGAGAAUGUAAACGUCGAGUUGAAGUUAUUAUCUCGAGUUUUCACGGAGCCAAUGCGUUUAGAGAUGAAUUAGUACAUGGUUUUAUACUCGUCUAUUCUACAAAGCGGAAAGCCUCUCUCGCGACUUUAAAUGCUUUUUCCACCAAUAUACCAAAUUUGCCGAUUCAAAUAAUGGCUGUGACUGAUACUGGCGGUGCGAAUGCCUUCUUUAGUAACGACUUAAGUCAUCUGCUUAUCACAGAGGGAAAUGCAAUUGCGGAUAAAUUGGAGGCACAUUUCAUGACAUCCGCAUCCAGUUGUCAACAAAAAACCGCAUUUUACACACCCUUCUUCAAAGUGGUAUGGGAGAAGAAACCGGAGAUCGAGCAGGCGUUUAACAUGGAGGAGCCAGGAAAUUUGAAUGACAGUGGAGAAGGCACUCUAGAAUAUUCAGCUUUACAUCCAAUGCCACCACCGCGACAUGAGAGCUAUCACCUUCAAACACCGGAUGACGGAAGCGGCUCCGAGUCGUACGAACAGUUGACACCCGACGGUGAUCUAGGUGAUACCGGUUUGACUGAACAAUUCGCUGACCACAGAGCCACUCCAAGUGACGACAGUGAUAUUUACAGCCAGGUUGAUUUCUAUCGGGAAGAGAGGGAGAGAGAUUUAAUGAAAAAUGAAGAUAUCACGAAUAAACUGUCUGGUUGGGUAAAGGACACGUUUAUGCACCAAGACGGAGUUACUAACAGUUACUCGCACAGAGCUUUUACGACAGGUCGACGGUACAUUUCCCAGGCUAAGCCACGACCAAAAGGCAACAGUCAGACCUUGAAACAACCUGGGAAAAUUAAUCUGAAAGACUUUUCUAAUGUAACGGACGUAAUAGCCAGAAUGACGAUCGGCGAGAAGGACGAACACGGCCCGAAAUUAACAAUGGGUCACGCUCCUCUCGCCACUCCGGAACUGGUAGAUCUUGGCUCAGAGUACGCCCAAGUGAAAGACGUUGUUCCGAACAUGUACUCCGCCUAUGAUGGCGAUUAUAUGUACGCUUUGGUGCAAGAUUCUAUUGGCAACAACAAAUCCAAGUUGCGUCACCGACGCGAAAAAGGACAGCCAUCAUACAGUGAUUCUGACUCGGAGUGGAGUUCCUUGGAGAGACAAAGAGCGACAGACAUCUUGGGCAAAGGGAAUAAAAAACCUUCAUCGCACAAACGAAUACGCAAGAAACGCACUGCGAUACCGGUCGCGACGCCAAAAGUGCCAUCAUUAGCCAGCAUGGGUAGCGGGGAUGGUAUAGUCGGCCUCAACUAUAACAUGAAAGAAGAGAAAAAUUGGCGUAUUGAUCCUACAGAGAGAGUAUCUAGCGAAACACCCGAUUCUUCUGAAUCAAGCGAUCCGGAACAUACAUCGAGGUCCAGAUCGAAACAAUAUAAAUAUGCAGCAGCUAGUCUGCGAAAAAGAUUUUCCGGAAAUUCUUUGCAACAGCAAUACUUACAACACCCGUUUAAUAUGAAACAUAUGACGCAGGAGAUGUUUAGCGCCUCUUCCAAACACAGAGGUGAAAAUACGUUUCCAGAUGAUGAAUCAAGUCUAGAUGUUUCUUCGCCGCGUGAAAUUAAUUCUCCCAGCUUCGGUAUAUUGAACAAGUCGAAGGACAGUGACAAGUUAACUAGAAAGAAAGAUAAACAAAAGGCAAAAGAAGACGAAAAGUUAGAGAAAAGAAGGCAAAAAGAGGAGAAACUCAAAAAGCAUGCGGAGAAGGAGAAAGAAAGAGAAAAGAAGAAACAGGAGAAAAUAAAACAGACCAAAGGCCCGGGAGGAACACCAAUCUCGAGUCAGUCACAACCCUUGAUUGAGGAUUUUGCGCAGAGCGAAACGAAUCGGAUACCUUUGUUUCUCGAGAAGUGCGUUAGAUUUGUCGAAGACGAGGGAUUGGAUUCGGAAGGGAUAUAUAGGGUGCCUGGUAAUCGUGCACACGUGGAAUUACUUUUCCAAAAGUUCGAAGAAGAUGGUAAUGUCGACAUACAUUCUUUGGAUAUUCCUGUAAAUGCUGUCGCUACAGCCCUGAAAGACUUCUUUUCCAAGAGAUUACCACCGCUUAUUGAUAAAGAACGCAUGAGCGAAUUGGAAGAUAUAUCGGGUGCACGAGGUAUUAGCAAACCUAUGUCGGCGACUUGCAUGAAUAUGGAAGAUCGAAGCGGGAGAUUGUUAGCCUUGCGUAUGAUGCUCAACAAGUUAAAUCCAGUAAACUUUGACGUUCUUAAAUUUAUCUUCCAGCACUUCGUGAAAGUUGCAGAGAAUUGUAAACUUAAUAGUAUGGACAGCAAGAACUUAGCGAUUUGUUGGUGGCCUACCUUACUACCGAUCGAGUUCAACGACCUCGGCAGAUUUGAAGCUAUGAGGCCGUACCUGGAAGACGUAGUCCAGACGAUGAUCGAUCAGUAUCCCUUCCUGUUCUGUGGUGAGGACGCUGUUGUGAUGGUGUAGUGACGAAACGCAUUACCUAAGUGUGCAGUGCAUACUUCUCAGCGUUCGUGCGAAACUGCAGUAUUUCUUGUGAACAGCGGUGGUAGAAGCGACGCGUCCAGCCGAGACCUCACAAUAGCGCGCCUGCUUCGUGAAAUAACCCGAUAUUUCUUUUAUACGUUGUCAACAGUUGCGAUACAGGCGUAAACGAUUGGUCUCAAAAUAUAGUUUGUUAGUUAUUAAUAUUAAACUCGCUUUAGCAUUCGUAAUACAACUACUACAAGUUCCACGUAGAUGCAACGUGGACGAACAAAGUCUCUAUUUAAGUUUAAUUAUUCACAUUCGUUCAUUUCCGGAAUGUGCGACAAGCAAGAUUUUUUCUCGUGGAAUCGAUCGAUUGAUGGUCCUAAGAUAAUGGUUAUUCGCGUGCGCGGA